AUGAACUCGAAAAGAUUAGACUUAGGCGUACGUCGUUCCCAGCUUCCUGAUGAAAUCCUCCAAGAAAUCUUUAUGAGGCUUCCCCUCAAACCUUUAGUAAAACUAACAGCAGUUUGCAAGUCAUGGAACUCGCUGGUCAAAACCUCUGCAUUCAUUCACGCCCACCGUGCCCGCAACAACCAAGAUCAAAACCUUCUGCUGACAAAGGUGAUCGUCUCCCCCAAAAUACCAGGGAAAGAUGUUUCUCACGAUCGCCAUCUUUUCUCUUUGCGUACAGAUGAACCUACAUUUCCCGUGUAUAGAAGUUACUACAAGCAGCUAACUCAUCCAUUUGAAUCUUAUAACAAAUUGCAUGCAAGAUCCGCAAAGGACAGAUUAAAAAUCACACCAUAUGAUGAGAUCCAGACUUGCAACGGCCUAGUGUUUCUCGCUUCUCAUAGGGUCCUUAAUCUAUCCAACUCUACCGCCUUGCUUUGGAACCCUUGCAUUAGAAAGUUUGUGAGGCUGCCCCGGCUAAUUGAUAAAAGCCGUCGUGAGGUUGAUAGGAGGAUUUCAUAUGGCUUUGGUUAUGAUUUGCGGACCGAUGAUUAUAAAGUUUUGAGAAUUGUAAUUACACAAGGGAAUACCUCAUACGAUAUUUGGUCUCUAAAGCGACCCUGCUGGAGGGGUCUUAGUGUUCUUCCUCCCGUAGACGACUUUGAUCCCACGUGGCGCCAUGCUCCCAUCUUUGUUCGUGGUGCUGUUCAUUGGGUGCAUCACCAGGAGAAGGAGGGUGACGGACCCAUCGUUUCCUUUGAUAUGUCAAAUGAAGUAUUUGGUGAGAUAAUGAUUCCUGAAGUCAUGAGGAAUAAACGCACCAUGGUAAUUUCAAGAUACGGGAACUGCUUAGCAACUCUGCAGUGGGAUGUAUAUUCAGAGGAGGGUGUUGACAUGUGGUUAAUGAUGGAGUACGGUGUGGUCGAAUCUUGGACUAAAUUGGUGACGGUUAAAUCAGUGCCAACAUCCUUUAAAAGGCUUGGGUGUAGAAACAAUGGUGAUGUUGUGAUCAAAAUCAGACGUAGUGACUCGUUUGAUCACAAUACUAAAAAAGUUACGAUGAGAUACAAGCAGAAAUUGUUGAGUCCCGUUAGCGUGGACAUGGUUAGUUUUCCAGUAGUGGGCAGGUUCUCGGAAUACUUACUUGUGGAGCCUUUUGAAGAAACUCUAGUCUUACUUGACCGCCAGACCCGUGUCAAAACAUUUGGAGGCCCUCUGUGA